AUGUGGAGUUUGCGUAAUUUUAAUGGUUUCAGUGGAUACAGCAGGUUGAAUAGAUACAGUGGAUAUAGCAGGUUGAGUAGUUACAGUGGAUACGGCGGAUUCUGUGGAUACAGAGAAUUUUGUAGAUACAGCGGAAUAUGUGAAUAUAGCGGAUUCUGUGGAUAUAGCGGAUUCAGUGGAUACAGCGGAUUCAGUGGAUAUAGCGGAUUCAGUGGAUACAGCGGAUUUAGUGGAUACAGCGGAUUCAGUGGAUACAGCGGAUUCAGUGGAUUCAAUGGAUUCAGUAGAUACAGCGGUGAUAAUAAUAGGGUCGAUUUUUGUAUUACUUAA